AUGUAUAAUGACUUUGGAAAAAGAUCUCCAGUGAGACGAAGAAGGCGUUCAUCAGCGUCCUUGUCUGGAAGUAGUUCGUCAUCUUCUUCGUCUCGUUCCCGGUCACCGCCAAAGAAGCCUCGUAAGAGGACAUCCAGCCCCCCUCGGAAAACUCGUAGGUUAUCUCCUUCAGCAAGUCCUCCGAGGCGAAGGCAUAGGCCAUCACCUCCAGCAACUCCACCGCCAAAAACUCGUCAUUCCCCAACACCCCAGCAGUCAAACCGUACAAGAAAAAGUCAUGUUUCUGUCUCUCCAGGGAGAACUUCAGGUAAAGUGACAAAACACAAAGGUACUGAGAAAAGAGAGUCCCCUUCACCAGCACCUAAGCCUAGAAAAGUAGAGUUAUCUGAAUCGGAAGAAGAUAAAGGUGGCAAAAUGGCUGCAGCAGAUUCUGUGCAGCAGAGACGUCAGUACAGACGACAGAACCAGCAGUCUUCAUCUGAUUCUGGCUCCUCUUCUUCCUCAGAAGAUGAGCGACCCAAAAGGUCCCAUGUGAAGAAUGGUGAGGUAGGCAGGCGGCGGAGACAUUCCCCUUCCCGGAGUGCCUCUCCAUCACCUCGAAAGCGCCAGAAAGAGACUUCCCCUCGUGGUAGACGGAGGAGGACCCCCUCCCCACCACCCACCAGAAGGCGCCGUUCUCCUUCUCCUGCCCCUCCUCCUCGAAGGCGCAGGUCUCCCACACUGCCACCUCGACGAAGGACUCCUUCUCCUCCCCCCCGGCGCCGCUCACCUUCCCCAAGAAGAUACUCUCCUCCAAUACAGAGGAGAUACUCUCCUUCUCCGCCUCCAAAGAGAAGAACUUCUCCACCUCCCCCUCCUAAACGUAGGGCAUCGCCAUCUCCACCACCAAAGCGCCGGGUCUCCCAUUCUCCACCUCUCAAACAAAGAAGCUCCCCGGUCACCAAGAGACGUUCGCCUUUGUUAUCAUCAAAGCAUAGGAAAGGGUCUUCCCCGAGCCGAUCUACCCGGGAGCCCCGGUCGCCACAACCAAACAAACGGCAUUCGCCCUCACCACGGCCUCGAGCUCCUCAGACCUCCUCAAGUCCUCCACCUGUUCGAAGAGGAGCAUCAUCAUCACCCCAAAGAAGGCAGUCCCCAUCUCCAAGUACUAGGCCCAUUAGGAGAGUCUCCAGGACUCCGGAACCCAAAAAGACAAAGAAGGCUGCCUCACCAAGCCCUCAGUCUGUAAGGAGGGUUUCAUCCUCCCGAUCUGUCUCAGGAUCUCCUGAGCCGGCAGUUAAAAAACCCCCAGCACCUCAGUCUCCUGUCCAGUCUCAGUCACCCUCUACCAACUGGUCACCAGCGGUACCGGUCAAAAAGGCUAAAAGCCCAACACCAAGCCCAUCUCCGGCAAGGAACUCAGACCCCGAAGGAGGUGGAAAGAAAAAGAAGAAAAAGAAGGACAAGAAACACAAAAAGGAUAAGAAGCACAAGAAGCACAAAAAACACAAGGAAAAGGCCGUGGCUGCAGCCGCUGCGGCUGCUGUAACCCCUGCAGCCAUUGCUGCUCCCACAACCACAUCAGCACAGGAGGAACCAGAAGCGGAGCCCGAGCCUAAGAAGGAGACCGAAAGCGAGCCCGAAGACAACCUCGAUGACUUAGAAAAGCACCUGCGUGAAAAGGCGCUGAGGUCGAUGCGGAAGGCUCAAGUGUCCCCACAGUCUUAGGUGGGAAUGUGUGUUACGAUGUACAUUUUAUUUGGUUUGUACGCAAUUCAAUUUCAAAAUUGCUAAAAUGUGUUUGAGCUUUAGACUAUAACAUUUGUUGUAAUAAUUGCUAGGUUGAAGUUCACCAUGUAAAAAAAAAAGGGCAUGGAUUUACAUUGCAAAAGGUGUCCACAGUGUAUUAGUGACAUUCUUUCAUUGACAGCUGACAUAAAUUUCAUUUAGAGUGAAAUAUUUUAAGCCAAAAAAAAUCCCCUUUUUAAAAAAGGGGGUUUCAAUAUUGUUGGCAUUCUUAUGGUUUCUUUAAAGGCCUUGGCUAUUCCCAGAGGUUUUCCUUUCUUUUCGUUUUUGUUUUUUUUUUUCCCCUUUAUUUUUUCUCAUUUGAGUCUUAGCACCCAUUUAAGUUAUGAUGCUUUCAACCUCGUAUGGUUUGCAAGCUAGCCCAGAAAUAAGACCACUGUUGAACUACCACAAAAGUAUAAAUGAACAUUUUGAUGCCACAAUCUUUCCUGUUGCCUGUGGAGUCUCUGCUGAAAUGAAUCCAGAUUCGAGCUCUAGGAUGAGACGGAAAAUGAAAGCAUGUUGUUUGCCAGGACACUGUGGGUUUAUAUGGAUGUGUAACAAGUUGAUUUGGAACACUGGAAUUUCAUUCUAUUCUGUUGUGUUUUUUUUGUAAAGGCAAUUAACUAGUCCCAGGAAGGAUCCUUCAGUUACAUAAAAGUUUGUUUUAUGAAA